AGAAAAGGUUUGAGAGAGAGAAAGCUAAUGGAGUUUGCUUCGACGAGUAAAGCUGAGAUGGGUUCGAUUUUGAUGGCUGCCUUGUGCAUGGUGGUGGGUUUGGUGAGUCUGAGAUGGUUGUUGAAGAGCGUUAACGAGUGGAUGCAUGAGUCCAAGUUAGGACACAAGCGCUGCUCUUUGCCUCCAGGUGAUAUGGGUUGGCCUUUGAUUGGCACCAUUUUGACAUUCCUUCGAGAUAUGAAGUCUUCCGAUCCUGAUGCUUUCAUCAACAAUAAUUUCGUCAAAAGAUGUGGGCCAACUGGAUUGUACAAGACGUUCAUGUUCGGUCAUCCAAGUGUGAUAGUAACCACACCAGAAGCAAUGAAGAGAGUGCUAACCGAUGAUGAAGCAUUCGUUUCUGCUUGGCCGAAAGCAACACUAGAGCUUACGGGAAAGAAAUCAUUUGUGGGGAUUUCUUAUGACGAACACAAGCGUCUUUGUAAGUUAACUUCAGCUCCCAUCAAUGGUCAUGAUGCUCUAUCCGGUUACUUGAAGUUCAUAGAAGAGGAUGCAGUGAGUACAUUGGAGAAAUUGUCGAACAUGGGAGAAAUAAAAUUCUUGACAGAACUUCGAAAGCUCUCUUUCAAGAUCAUAAUGGGAAUUUUUCUUAGUGAAGAGAGUGAGCCGAUCAUGGAAGUAUUUGAGAAAGAAUAUUGUGCACUUAACUAUGGACUUAGAUCAUUAGCCAUCAACAUCCCUGGAUUUACUUAUCAUAGAGCUCUAAAGGCUAGGAAAAGGCUUGUGGCUUUAUUACAAUCAAUAGUGACUGCUCGAAGAGAUAAGAGGAAGAACAACAUAGCAUCGAAAGCAAAAGACAUGAUGGACCAUUUUCUAGACAUUGAAGAUGAGAAUGGAGAUAAACUGGGUGAUGACUACAUAAUCGAUAUUUUGUUGAUGUACUUAAAUGCUGGCCAUGAAUCUUCUGGACAUACUAUGAUGUGGGCUGCUAUUUUGAUGCAAGAAAAUCCAGAGGUUUUCAAAAAAGCUAAGGAAGAGCAAGAGAACAUAGUCAAAAGGAGGCCACCGACACAAAAGGGUUUGAGUCUCAAAGAAACUCGAGAAAUGAUAUAUCUUAAUCAGAUAAUUGACGAAACGCUUCGAUGGACAUCAUUUGCACUUAUGGUUUUUCGUGUGGCAAGAAAAGAUGUCAACAUAAAUGGUUAUUUCAUUCCGAAAGGAUGGAAAGCUCUUGCCUGGUUUAGAAGUGUUCACAUGGAUCCUGAAGUUUAUCCAGACCCAAAAGAGUUUAAUCCUUCCAGAUGGGAUGGAUUCACACCCAAACCUUGCAGUUUCGUGCCCUUUAGUGCAGGAGCUAGGUUAUGUCCUGGAAAAGAUCUUGCCAAGCUUGAAAUUUCAGUGUUUCUUCAUUACUUUGUCCUCAGCUAUGAGGUGGAAAGGCUUAAUCCGAGCGCUCCCUUGAUAUUUUUGCCACAUCCGAGGCCUGUUGACAAUUGUUCGGCGAUAGUUAUAAAGCAUAACCCGUGAUCUCGAUCUCCCAGUAUUGAUGUUGUGGUGAAAUGUAAAAAUUGUUGUUGAGAGAUAUUGCUUUCGGAAUAAGAGUUAAAAAGAUCCUUUCAAUUUAUCUUAUUUAUCCGCAAUUAAGCGUUGUUGCA